CAUCUUGGCGGUGACGUUCAAUGGAGGGGUUAUCAUCGGCUCAGAUUCCAGGGCGUCCAUUGGAGGGAGCAUAUACCCACGUGGGUGAUUGAAAGAUGAACUGAGGUCCACACUCCAUUCCAGUUGGUGGUGGUAAUGCACCAAGUUUGUUGCCAACCGCCAUAUAAAGUCUGAAGAAAAAGAAGAAGACUGAAGGAGGAGCGAUUACUAGAAACUAACUUGUGUACCCUUUUAUCUGUGGAUUAAUGGUCGGAGUAGAGGACCUUGUGCAUUUCAGGUACUACGUGUCCUCUAAGACCAUCAACAAGCUGAUCCAGGUCCAUGACAGGAUAUUCUGCUGCAUCGCCGGCUCCCUGGCAGACGCUCAGGCCGUCACCAAGGCUGCCAAGUUCCAGAUCUCCUUCCACAGUAUUCAGAUGGAGUCCCCUCCUCUGGUGAAGGCAGCAGCGUCCGUGUUGAAGGAGCUGUGCUACAACAACAAGGAGGAGCUGCAGGCCGGCUUCAUCACUGCAGGCUGGGACAGGAAGAAAGGGCCACAGGUUUACACAGUGGCCCUGGGCGGUAUGUUACUCAGUCAGCCGUUCACCAUCGGAGGAUCAGGCAGCACAUACAUCUACGGUUACGCCGACGCCAAAUAUAAACCUGACAUGAGCAAAGAGGAGUGCCUGCAGUUUGCUACAAAUGCUCUUGCCCUGGCUAUGGGCAGAGACAAUGUCAGCGGGGGUGUGGCACACCUGGUAGUGAUCACGGAGGAGGGGGUGGAGCAUAUUGUCAUCCCUGGAGACAAGCUGCCCAAGUUCCACGACGAGUAGUGACACUUCAAUCAGCCAAUCAGCUGUGACACUCUGUGAGAGGAAUUUGGAACCUUCACCCAACCAAUCACUGUUGUUCAUACUGUACAUGCAGCAUUUGGUGUUCAUAGGCCUAACUAUUCACAUCAGUUUUGGGACUGUGGUUAGAAAUAAACACUAAUGAUUUCCAAGAGUUCAAUGUGAGAAUCUACUCUGCUCCUGCCUAUGUGUUUUCUAAUCCACACUGUGUUCACUUUGUUUCUGUGCUUUAUAUAUUUUUUAAUCUGAUGACCUUUGUAUGGAAUCAAUCAAAUCAAAGUAAAAAAUAUCUUUACA